AUGACCGACACGCUUCCCCCGCCGCCCCCGCCGCGGCGAGAGGCCCGCAGCACACCGCACUCGCGCACCAACACCCCCGAACCCGGCUGGAAAGAGCGCUGGGGCGCGAAGACCAAGCUUUGGGGCAACAAGGCGUUCGACAAGUCGAUCGGCAUCAGCGACAAGAUCGGAACCAAGGUCAACUACGUCGUUGAGAACAAGAUCGGAUCUGAGGCGUUCUAUCCCGUCUCGAACGACUUUCCCCAGGAGUGCGAGAAGGCCGCGCGCAUCCUGCGCGCUUUCACCGUCAAGGGCAUCGAGGUGCCGGAUAAGCACACGCACAAGAAGGCGCUGCGCAAGAUCCCCCCGACAUUGAUCAAGAACUGCUAUGGUCUCGCCGUGUUCACGUCGAUGCGCUCGGGCAUCGCGCCCCUCGGCGGUGCGGGUGGCAACGGCCUUGUCGUCGCGCACAACCCCGAGACUGGGUGGUGGUCCCCGCCCGCGAGUAUCUCGCCCAACACGUUCAGUGCAGGGCUCAUCCUCGGCGUGGACAUCUACGACUGCGUGCUCAUCUUGAACAGCCCGAAGGCGAUCGAGUCCUUCAAGACGCACAAGGUCACGCUCGGCGCCGACAUUGCCGUCGCUGCCGGUCCGUGGGGCGCCGGCGCCGCAAUGGAGUCGGGCAAGGAGGGUGUUCCCGUGUUCUCAUAUGUCAAGUCGCGCGGCCUGUAUGCCGGUGUCGAGGCGGUUGGUCAGGUGUUCCUCUCCCGCUUCGAUGAGAACGAGCGCGUCUACCACUGGCCGGGUGUUAAAGCCGGCGACAUUCUGACGGGCCACGUCAAGAUGCCCCGCGAAGCGAAGCCCUUCAUUGCCGCUCUCGAAGACGCCGCAAGCGGCAAGGCUCAGGUGCGCGAGGGCCCGCCGCCCGAGGACCCGAUGUUCAAGAUCACGCCGCUCGCGGCGGCGAUCGAGCUCGACGACGGCGAGGUGCUCAAGCUGCCUCCGACGCCGGAACAGACCGACGGGCACGAGUACGAGAGCGACCCCGAGACCGAGCGGGUGAUUCGGCGCAUGACGCUGCCGAGCGACUUCAGCCCGCCCCCAGUCGAGAAGAAGUGGAUGCCGGCCCUCCCGCCUCCGCGCCACGGAGAGGCAAUGCACCACCCGACCCCGCGCCGUGCCGGCGUGCCCGCCGGUGCGCCUGCCCCCGCUCUGCCUCCCAGGAGACAGCCUGCCGUGGACUCGGCCCCGGCCUCGCUGCAUGGCAGCCCUCCCCUCCCGCCCCGCCGCAGCACGGAGAUGCCCCCCACCCCAACCAGCCCAGGCACGCCGAUCGCCGUCGCGGCCAAGCCCCCUCCCCUCCCGCCUCGCAGCCGCAACCGCCCGCCCUCGAUGGCCAUCCCCCCCACGCCCGUGUCCCCGACCUCACCCGCCUUUGCGGCGCAGCACUCGGACAUCCCCCCCGUCUCCGAGAUCGACUCGCCCGAGCUCAUGAAUGUCAAGGACGUGCACGCCGACGAGCCGCCCUCGUACGCUGCUGCCCAGGAGCCCGCCAAGGCCGAGGCGGAGUCGGACGACGAGUCGGUCUACGACGAGGUGGAGCAGCAUCUCGCGGACGAGCACGCGACUGUCCAGGCCAUGGACGAGAUGCACAUGCCCCCCGCCGCUGAGGAUGAGAUGGCGCCCCGCUCGUCCGAGGAAAUGGCCACGCUCGCGUACAACGAGCCGGAGCCCACGGACUCUGAACCCAAGGACUCUGAGGCGAAGGAGGCGCCCAGGGAGGAGGCCGAGGAGAAGACUGAGAAGACUGAGGAGAAGGAGAAGGCCGACGAGCCGCAGGAGAAGGCUGAGGCUGCCGAGGCCAAGGAUGACAAGCCUGAGCUUCCCGCCGGAUUCCGUCUCCGCGAGGCGGGCAACAUGGGUUUCCGUGGCUAG